UUUUAUGCAUUAUGGGUGGGUCUAUAAACAGUAUACUAAUUAUCUCCAAAGUUAUGAUUGCUGAGUGGAAAUCUCGAAUGCAAUUAACUUGUUUAGAAACCAACCAUGUUUACAAGAUGUGGCUCAAUGACGAAGAUUUUACAACAGAUAACGCCUAUAAUUACCACUAUAGGGCCAGUGUGAUUUGUUCUUGAGUCUUAUUUAUAGGAUGUGACGUCAAUCAAAGCGCUGGAAAGAAAACUAGUGAUAACGUACCAUGACUCCUUUUACUUUAUGUUCGUUUUCAUAUUUUUUAUUAUUUCCUUUUGUUUUUGCAUUGCCGAGAAGAAACCGGCAUGUAAGCAUUUAGUUUACCAUGAGUGUAUAUCAUGCGUAUAUCCGUACAUACGACGAAUACAACUUGAAGUUUCAGAAUGAUAAAGUCAUCAACUACAUUAAAUUCCUUUGUGCACAGUGAUGAUAAACCUCAUGCAAAUGUAAAACAUUAAAUCAAAUCAUGGUUUUACCUUACUCAUCUAGAAAGUAGGCGUAGUCUACAUUAUAAUUUUUAGGCAUUGUUUUUCGACAGUGAUGGAAAAGCCACUGCACUGAAGCUGUUGCCAGAAGUAGACAGAAUUGCGACAGUAGGGGCAGUGUCGCAAGUGUAGGUUAGGUAGGUAGCCAGCAAGAUGACAUGUUGAUAGCCGCCCACAUUGGGUACUGUUCGAAUGUAAACGUCAUUGCAACUAUUUAAAGAUAUCGAUAGUGUGUCCGUCAUUACAUUGUUUCCCGUGCUUAUUUUUGAUUGAGAAACAAUUUCGCGUUGAGGAGCCUGUGUGUCAGAUGUGAUGUCACCGCUAGCAGCCUGUAAUUUAGCAUUGUGGGACGUGUAAAUGUAAGCAGACAACAACGGGGCUUGUUUGUGUAUGCAUCCCAAAUAGCCAAAGAUACGGUCGCGCUCGAGGUAGUUUCGAAGAGACAAACAUUUUUCGAGAUUGCAUGCGGAUAUCGGUCUUGUGUCAUCAGAACAUUUUUUUGUGAGAGGAGUGUGUACGUCUCCCUUGUGAGGAAGUGGGAUGUGGCCAGAGUGUAUUAAUGUUGCCGACGAAGAUAUGAAAAUCAUUGUAGCAGUGCUUUUGGAGCCUCGCUACAUUGUAAAUAAUAGGUUAGACUUGGGGCUUAUUAACGCGAGCCCAUUUGACGAAUUCGAUGAAGACAUCCCUCGGUGUUCGAAAUCGUGCUGGGGUCGCUCUGAUUACAUAAUAUCAACAUGUGAAUUAUAGAUUGACUAUUUUUAUUUUAUUUUUUGAAAACCAUUGAAUUGCUAAUGUCAACUCAACGUCAGAUAGUGGACUCAUCUUUAGCUUUGGGAAGACUGGAAAUCAAUAGUCCCAUGCUGAACCUGGGAACUUGCCUCUCCGGCUCAGUGAAAGAGAAGACCGCUCAGGGAGGAUCGCAGGCGGCGCACCUGAACGGAUGUGUGCCACUCUCCCAUCAGGUGGCCGGUCAUAAGUAUGGCGUUGAUAAAGUAGGCAUAUUGCAACAUCCUGAUGGCACAGUACUCAAACAGCUACAGCCCCCUCCCCGAGGUCCUAGAGAGAUGCAGUUCUACAGCAUGGUCUACGCCGAGGACUGCUGUGAUCCGUGUCUGUUGGUCCUUCAGCAUCACCUCCCCAAAUACUUUGGCACCUGGUCCUCUCCUGAAUCUCCUAACGAGCUGUACCUGAAACUUGAGGAUGUCACUCGGCGGUUCCAGAAGCCCUGUAUUAUGGACGUGAAGAUAGGCCAGAAGAGCUACGACCCCUACGCCUCCUACGAGAAGCGGGACCAGCAGAUCAAGAAGUACCCGCUAAUGGAGGAGAUUGGCUUCCUGGUUCUCGGAAUGAGGGUGUACAAGGUGAACUCUGACGGCUAUGACUCAUAUGACCAACAUUACGGACGAGGCCUCCUCAAGGACACCGUCAAAGACGGUUUAUCAAAAUUCUUCUAUAAUGGGACGAGUCUGAGAAAAGACGCCAUCACUGCCAGUAUCCUCAAGGUCCAGAACAUCCUGAGAUGGUUCGAGGGCCAGAUCCAGUUAACCUUCUAUGCUAGCUCCUUGUUGUUUGUAUACGAGGGCCUGCCUCCUCCCAACCCGGAGGGCCACAUCCCCAGGGGCCUCCCAGAGAAGCCCACGUCUGCCGCCUGCUGCGAGCCCAACGAGGACGUACUGGAACACAACAACAACGUCUGCGCGGCCGUGCCGCUCGACUACAGCCUGUCCACCAUGUACGCCAUGCACAAGAAGGGCUGCACCCGGGGUCACCAUGGCAACGCCACGCCAGACCCCAACCCCCAGGCGCACAACAGCACGUGGAAGUGCCCAGGUCCGGUGUCGUCGGAGCAGCCCAACGGCAACGGUGUCAAAGCCCAACUGGAAGGGGAGGGAGGUCGGGGUGAGCCGCAGCCAGAGCAGAGGGCCAGCGAAGUGGAGGUGAGGAUGAUUGACUUUGCUCACGUCUUCCCCAGCGAGAGCCAGGACCAAGGCUACGUCUACGGACUGAAACACUUGCUGGAGGUGCUGCAGCAGAUCCUCCACCAAUAACCUUCUCUCGCCAGUGGUUUGUCUCUCAUUGGUCAAGUGUACCUAAUCUGUGUUUUACAGUCCCAGUCCAUCGCCCCCUUGCCCCGUGAUUCACUGCACUAUAUGCACUAUAUCAAUGAAGUCCUUUCUCCAUAACUCUUUGUCCGACGUAUGUGCUUCUUGAUUUCUAACCACUGUUAACAGGUAUCUAACUCAGGUAAACUACUGUAAUCAAUACUCAAAUGAUUAUCCCUCGUUUUGUUGGCUUGCAUAUGAUAUGUUGUAGGUUUUAUAUAAUGUGCCUAAAGUGUCUUUUUGUUUAAUUUCAGAUCCUUUUGUCUUUUAAAUUGUCCCAGAAUGAUUUGUAUUUAUCAAUUUUUAAGUUAUACUCAGUAAAGGGUAAGUACUUUUAGCAUUGCUGUUCUCUAUCUGGCUAUAUGUUUUGCUUCCAAAUUGCCUUACCUGUUCUUCUUAACCUGUAUCCUUGCAGUGGUACUUUUUCAUGAUUGACUUUUAAGAUUAUAUUAAUCUCGGAAAACAAGAACUAAAGUCUUGUUUAAUUAUGUCAGAUGCUCUGUUAAGUUCUCGGGGGAGAUGUUAAGAGAUACUAACGCGACUUGUGAAGUCCCCCCCCCCCCCCACCCCCC